CUGUGACCAGGGCAAGAUGCGACCGACCCCUUCUGGUUCGACCGCCCUGCCAUGGAUCCCCUCGCACGCACAGUCGGCAUGUUCCAGUAUGCUCGGCCAUCAGCACAUGCGCCCAUCGCCGUCACAGCAACUCGAGCUGAUUCUGCAAAAGGUCCUCUCAUAUCGUCGGCUGACCCGGCGGCCGAUCGCACGGUAGACUCACCGACCAUCCAGCAACCUGCGCGAGGAUCUUCAGUGCGCUCGAGAGGUUGCGAACAGACAGCUCAGAAUAGUCUGAGCUCGCCCGCACGAGUUGAGACGGCGUCACCUCUCAAACAGGAUUCAUUGACCUGCACGACAAAUGCAGCAAAGCACGAUGCCCCUGCGUCGAGUAUCGAGUCGACAUCAGAUACACGAAUCCUGCAUGUCCUUCCUAACAGCACGCCAGCGCAAGCGCCGACAGGCAAGAAGCUUUGCGAUGCCGCUACGACUGCCAAGGCAUCGCUAAGUCCCAGUCCAGGGAUGCGUACGAACAGUCCAGCUUACACCAAGGUGGUUGCGCGACCUACUCGCUCGGUUGACUUUCUGCGUGCAUGGCUAGGUCAAGAAGGCCUCAACCUGCUCUGCGCGCAAGGCCGGCAAGAUGACAGCGGCAAACCUUCGGACAUUGCCACGGUCGAGCACAUCAAUCGCAUCUUCGCUACCGCUCAUCUACUCUCGAGUGGGAUUCAACAAGCCUCUGAGGAUGCUGAGAGACUGCAAGGAGUGAUCGAUGAGCGGAACGAUCGCCUGGAACAGCUGCAGCACACAAUCGGCAAAGUCAAGCAACUUGCCAAUGCCAAAUUCACGGCCUUAUCAAAUUCGAUCUCUAUCUUACAGUCCGAAGGGCAGAAACGAUAUGCGGCAUUGGCCACCGCCUGCCAAAGCUGGAAAGAGCAAGCACAGAUGCAUGAUGUUGGCUCUCUCAGAGUGGAGAUACGCGCAGCUCUGCAAGAUUGGCGCGACAAUCGAGAGAAGCAGCGAAGGAGCACGAUAGAGGCCCUCAUCCUCGUCAAAGAGCUCGAAGCUGAGCGUGUUCAGCGCGACAAUGUGCUUGCGAUUGUCCGCAAGGAGCUCGAAGACAAAUCGGGCCAGCUGGCGGAAGCACAUCACAAGCUUGCGACUUUCGAGCAACAGCUCAUGCGCAUGUGCGAGCAGACAGCUGCUUCAGCAGAGGCUCACCAGCUGUCGCACGCUUCUGGCCUCGUGAAGAUGAACGAGCUUGUCGCCGUAUCUCAGCGCUGCCAGCGCGAAGUGGCCGCUAUCAUGGUCGAGAAGGUUACACUCGAGCAUUCAUUCGACGAGUGCAGAACGAAGCUGCUCGAGCAGAUCGCAUGUAAUCAGGCCCAGCGUGAGCAGCUCGACGCGGCAAACGUGAUGCUCGACGAAACUCAUCAACGCGUUCGCACUGCUGAAGACAGAGCCACAAGCAUUGAAGAGGAGCACAACCGCUGUCAGCAAGUUCUGAACGCGGCGGAAGUGAACUCUAGGGAACUACGGGAGAAGCUCGGAAACGUGCAAGGAGAAGUUGCAGAUGGCAGAAAAGCUUUGCAAGCCGCUGAGGUUGCCGCGGAAUCAGCCAAAGCGGCAUCAAAGACCGAAGUCAAGCGUCAGCACAGCCAAAUCAGCUCACUCAAGGCUUCGCUCGAGGCUGCAGAGACAUGUCGUGAGAGAAGCCAACAGGAACUAGAGGUUGCCAAGGUCGAGCUGCAGACUGAAUCGCAGAACGCGCAGACCAUUCGCGAGUUGCUCUCUGCACGUGAUGCCGAUAUCGAAAGCUGUCACCACAAGAUCCUGCUGCUUGAGGCUCAUUGCCAGAAGCAAGAGACGCAGAUUGAAGCCCUGAAUCAGCAGCAUGCAGAGGCUGACAGAGCCUGGCAAGCGAGCUUUGACGAGGCACACGAAUCCUUUGCAGCUUCUCUCUGUCAGAGGGACGCCGCGGCAAAGGCUGUCGAGCUGCAGGUCUCAGAGUCCUCGCCGGUACUGCAAGAGGAAUCGGCAGAGACAAGGGAACUCAAGAGCCGGUACGUCGCCAAGGAAAGGGAGCUCGAAGCGCUAACGAGCGAGCAAACCGCGCAUCGUGAUCGACUCGAGAAAGAGAGGCGAGCCCACCAGGAGGAGGUUUCAAAGGUGGUGGCCCUGGACGGAACGGUCAAGAAGCUCACGACUGAGCUCAUGGAAGCGCGCCGAGAGGCGCAAGAUGCAGUUGCCAAGCUUGCACGGAUCACAAGGGAGUCAGAUCGCGCAAGCACUGAUUCGACCGGCAACAUCAGUCUCGAGAAGGUCCGAACGACGGCGUUCCAUGCGGGCCAGUCCAUGGCAGCGAAGACGAUUGCGCAGAAAGACAACGAGCUCAAACGAGCAAACAAUCGAGCGAAAGCUGCCGAGGAUCGCAUGGAGCUGAUGUCUACAGAGCUCAAUCGCGCGAGAGGCCGCCCGAUGAUCUUGCAAGAUUCUUCAAAUCAGUCGACUACGUCUGCUCCCAUAUCGUCGUCGCCGCAACCAGCUGACAAAGCACACGCGAACACGACUCGAGCGACCUUCCAGAGCGUUAACAUGCGCGCCGUGCUCGAGUCGAAUUCCCUUGAAGUCGCUAAAGCAGACGGUGAGCGCGCAGCAUGCAGCAGACCCCCGAAGAAGCCCCGUUCGUCUCAACCACAUGACCGGGUGCCUCGAUCGCCGGCUUCUCCGCGACGUUCGAGCAAGCCGGCUGUCGUGACAGAUUACGCUCGCAAAUCUCGCGGGGCGGCGCAGAAAGGGCAAUGAUCGCUUGCUGCCUCGAGCGAUGAGCAGGCAUCGACGAAUGCAUAGAUAUGUCAAGAGAGCGUUGCGAGCAAUGCAGAGAAGCCGGCGGUGAGCGCACUAUGCAGGAUCCACA